CUAGCAAGACGUGGAAUGAAGGUGGCUCUCAUCAGUAGGUCGAAAGAAAAACUGGACCAGGUUGCCAGUGAAAUAAAGGAGAAGUACAAAGUGGAAACAAAAGUCAUUGUGGCAGACUUUGAAGAGAGAGAAGAUAUUUACAGUAGAAUCAAGGCGGGACUGGAGGGCCUGGAGGUCGGCGUUUUAGUCAACAAUGUGGGAGUGUCCUAUGGGUAUCCGGAAUAUUUUCUUGAUGUGCCAGACCUGGAUAAGACAAUCGACAAAAUGAUCAACGUUAACAUCGUGUCUGUUUGUAAGAUGACACGAUUGGUGCUGCCCGGCAUGCUGGAAAGAUCAAAAGGGGUAAUCCUGAAUAUCGCCUCAGCUGCUGGGAUGUAUCCAACUCCGCUGCUGACUCUUUACUCAGCAACCAAGGCUUUUGUGGAUUACUUCUCCCAAGGCCUCCAUGCAGAAUACAAGAGCAAGGGCAUCAUCGUGCAGCUGAUGGUGGUAAUUGAACUUUUAAGUAUGAAGCGGUCCAUAAAACUCCGUGCAACUCAGUGGAAUACAUCUCUACACACCUUCAUCUACGGGACUGCGCUCUUGCG